UUCAAAUGAAAAGCAUUAAGACAAUUGCGCACAAAAAGCGCGUAUACUGCUGAAACACUCACCUCUGAAUAUCGCUUCACUUGAGCCCCGCCGUUAGAUCUCCCCCUCCUUCUAUCCACCUCAAUCAUCCAUCUGCACUCACACUUCAAGAUACGAUUUUUCAAGCUCCAAAAGGAGAAAUACCGGCUAGGGUCCGGGCAUCAUAUCAAGUAAUAUGGGAAGAAGUCUAAGCCCAAUACUGCGUAGGGAGUUGGAGAAUCUUGACAAGGAUGCUGAUAGUAGAAAAUCGGCUAUGAAAGCAUUAAAAUUGUAUGUGAAAGACUUGGAUUCCAAGGCAAUCCCCAUCUUUCUUGCUCAAGUUUCUGAAACCAAACAAACUGGCAUGUCAUCUGGCGAGCACACAAUUUCGCUAUAUGAGGUCCUUGCUCGAGUCCAUGGACCCAAAAUUGUUCCCCAGAUUGAUAACAUCAUGAACACCAUUGUCAAAACCUUGUCAUUGAGUGCAGGAGCUUUUGCCCUUCACCAGGCUUGCUCAAAGGUGGUUCCAGCUAUAGCAAGGUAUGCAAUCGACCCAACAACAGCAGAGGAAAGAAAGAGACAUGUUAUUCAUUCUCUUUGUAAACCUCUUUCAGAUUGUCUUUUGGGUAGCCUAGAGAAUUUGUCUUCUGGAGCUGCUCUUUGUCUUCAAUCACUUGUUGAAUCUGAUAAUUGGCGGUUUGCCUCGAAUGAAAUGGUAAAUGAGGUCUGUCAGAAAGUUGCUGGAGCAUUAGAGAAGCAUUCACAGACCAAUUCACAUAUGGCCUUAGUUACGGCUUUGGCUAAACACAAUAGCCUUAUUGUUGAAGCCUACGGCAGGCUGUUGAUACAGUCUGGACUACGAAUUCUUGAUGCUGGUUCUGUGGAAGAAAAUUCUCAGAAACGACUGUCAGCCAUACAUAUGGUGAGUUCUCUAUUAAGAUAUUUGGAUCCAAAAAGUAUAUCAUCUGAGUUGGAGUUGAUAAUCAAGGAAAUGGAGAAGUGCCAGUAUGAUAGAAUGCCAUUUGUUAGUGGUGCUGCUUUUGAAGUACUACAAAAUGUAAAGAAAAUAUGCAAUGACAGAUGCUCAAAAUUGGAGAGGGACUUAGGUUCAGCUACUGGGUCAAACUUUGGCAGAAGAGAGAACAUGAGAAUGAGGAAUGUUUGUAGCUCUGAACUCUUAACUGCAUCACCUGAAUCACAGACCGUUGAUUCAUUUGUUGGCUAUGAUUAUUUAAUUGAAUCACCAUAUUCAAUAAAUCAUGGCCAUCAAAGUCUGCAUCAUAGUCCUAAGGGUGUGAAUCGUAGACUUUGGAGAAGGUGUGAGAAUGGGUUCCUGGAUGUAUCACUUAAAGAUGGCAUGUUUUCAGAUAUAGCUCAAGGAGACAAUAGAAGCUUUGAGCAUGAUGAGAUUUCUUGCAACCAUAGAGAGUAUUUUGAAAAUUUUGCAGGUUUUGUUCAAGAAAGCGCAAAAAAUGAAACUAUGGGAAGCAAUACCCCCAGUCCCAAACGGUCCAACUCUCACAUUAGGGUUGAUGAUGUGAAGAUUUUCAGUACCCCGCGAAAGCUCAUUCGCUCACUUCAGGAUGUAGAUGAUUUUGAUACAGGCUCAUCUGAGGAACAACCCAGAAGAUUCAGAAGCCCAAUGACACCAGUCUCAAUGCAUGGACAACUUGGUACUCCUAAGGGCAUGAACUGUGACUAUGAGAACAAAGAAAUAUUAGCAUCUCGAGCAGAAUCAGUUUCCUCCACGGAAGAUGUGCCUAAUCUUGCUGAAAUGAUUCCAAUAGAUGAACCUCAACCAAAGAAGCAUCACAACUCCACCAGAAAUGUUGUUUGUGGUCUUUUUGUUGGUUUGUUUGCAGUAUUUGUAUUCUUGAUGAUGAUAGGUGAUCAGGAUAAUCACCAUGUUAUGGUGCCAACCUAGCACUCGAUUUCUGCAUGUCACCCUGUGACAUUGUAGUUCUUGUUUGACCUUAGGAAUAUUGAACAAUUCACAAGUAUUUGUUGUUAAAACAGGAUUCGUGUAUAUCCAUUUCUGUCAAUCAAUUGGCAAUGAAAUCAUUUUGCUAGGAA